CACGCAACUAGCUGAAUGAGGGGAAACCCGGUUAGAUUUCCAUUGAAGACUUUCGAGAACCACUCCGAGCAACAUCACCCUCGGAACGGCCCGCACUUUGGACCGUAGCCUUGACGUUCGCACCGUAAACUAGAUGCCGCUGGUCAUGCCAACAUUACCCACGAUGCCGCUGCACUUGUCGACAGCGGCGGGCGCGCUGCUGGCGCUUGUGCUGCUCCUGCCAGUUAUCAUGCUCAUGCUGCGGCCGCGCACAUCCAGCCUGCUGCUCUCCAGCUGGCCGCAGCCGCUGUGGCUUUACCUCCAGGCCCUUGCCGCUGUGGGAAAGAAGGGCAGCAAGAAGGGCCCCGGCAAGGCCAUCCAGGUCAUCCUCUCCCGCCCCGUGCGCAGCUCCCCCGCCCGGCUGCGUCGCUACCUGGCACUGGCUGGCUUCCCCGAGGGCGGCAGCGGCGGGUCGCUUCCGCUGAUGUACCCCAUGGUGGAGGGCUUCAGGCUGGUGAUGCAGUGCAUGCUGCUGCCCGCCUUCCCCGUCAACGUGCUGGGCAGUGUGCUGGGCGGCACGCGGGUGCUGGCGCUGAGGCAGCUGGGGGCGGAGGAGAAGCUGAUGUACAGCUGCCGUGUGGACCCCGCCUUCCGCACCACCCCCAAGGGCGAUACCGAGCUGGACAUCACUCUGGAGGCGCACGCAACUGCCUCCGCCCCCGCCUCCUCCGCCCCCGCCUCCUCCGCCCCCGCCUCCUCCGCGCCCGCCUCCUCCGCGCCCGCCUCCUCCGCGCCCGCCUCCUCCGCGCCCGCCUCCUCGGGCUAUGAGCUGGUAUGGCGCUGCACUACCACCGUCAUCAUCCUGUCGCCGCG